GCCGAGCCGGCGGGGGCGCGCAGGGAGCGGCGCGUGGCGGGCUCCCGGCGGCCGCGGCCAAUCCCCGCGCAGCCCGAGGCGGCGCCGCGCCCGAGCCGGGCCCUCCGGCCGCUCCUCCCGCCCCGGCCCCUCCCCGGGUAGCGGAGAGGAGCGCGCGGCCGCCGAGCCAGACCGGCCGAGUGGAGCCGGGGGCGCAGCGCGGAGCUCAGGUGCCGCCACUGCCGGAUGGGAGUGCCCUGGAGUCCCGGAUGCUGUUGGCACACACAUCAUGUCAUCAUGCGUCUCUAGCCAGCCUAGCCGUGACCAGGCCGCCCUCCAGGAUGCCCUGGGGGGCGGGGGCAGCAGCACCGAAGGCCAGAAGCCCUGUGAGGCCCUGCAAGGCCUCUCGUCUCUGAGCAUCUGCCUGGGCAUGGAGUCCUUCGUUGUGGUCACAGAGUGUGAACCGAACCGGGCUGAGGACCUCAGCCUGGCCCAGGACCGACCGCUGGAGGCCAAUGGCCCAGAGGCCUCAUCAGGUCCUCCCUCUGGGUCUCAGACCCGGCCCCACCUCUGCGGUCGCAAGCUAUCCCUGCAGGAGCGGUCUCAGGGAGGUCCAGCAGCCAGCAGCAGCCUGGACAUGAACGGACGCUGCAUCUACCCCUCGCUGCCCUACUCGCCCGCCAGCUCCCCGCAGUCCUCGCCGCGGCUGCCCCGGCGGCCAACAGUGGAGUCUCACCACGUCUCCAUCACGGGCAUGCAGGACUGCGUGCAGCUGAACCAGUACACGCUCAAGGAUGAGAUUGGAAAGGGCUCCUACGGCGUGGUCAAGCUGGCCUACAAUGAGGAUGACAACACCUACUACGCCAUGAAGGUGCUGUCCAAGAAGAAGCUGAUCCGCCAGGCUGGCUUCCCGCGUCGCCCCCCGCCCCGAGGUGCCCGGCCAGCACCAGGGGGCUGCGUCCAGCCGCAGGGCCCCAUCGCACAGGUCUACCAGGAAAUCGCCAUCCUCAAGAAGCUGGAUCACCCCAACGUGGUGAAGCUGGUGGAGGUCCUGGACGACCCCAAUGAGGACCAUCUGUACAUGGUUUUCGAGCUGGUCAACCAAGGGCCUGUGAUGGAGGUGCCCACCCUCAAGCCGCUGUCCGAAGACCAGGCCCGGUUCUACUUCCAGGAUCUGAUCAAAGGCAUCGAGUACCUGCACUACCAGAAGAUCAUCCAUCGGGACAUCAAACCUUCCAACCUGCUGGUCGGAGAAGACGGGCACAUCAAGAUCGCCGACUUUGGUGUAAGCAACGAGUUCAAGGGCAGCGACGCACUGCUCUCCAAUACUGUGGGCACGCCUGCCUUCAUGGCGCCCGAGUCGCUCUCCGAGACCCGCAAGAUCUUCUCUGGGAAGGCCUUGGACGUGUGGGCCAUGGGCGUGACUCUGUACUGCUUUGUCUUCGGCCAGUGCCCAUUCAUGGACGAGCGCAUCAUGUGCUUGCACAGCAAGAUCAAGAGCCAGGCCCUGCAGUUCCCAGACCAGCCCGACAUAGCUGAGGACUUGAAGGACUUGAUCACCCGUAUGCUGGACAAGAACCCCGAGUCACGGAUCGUAGUGCCGGAAAUCAAGCUGCACCCCUGGGUCACGAGGCACGGGGCCGAGCCGUUGCCGUCCGAGGAUGAGAACUGCACAUUGGUGGAGGUGACCGAAGAGGAGGUCGAGAACUCGGUCAAACACAUUCCCAGCCUGGCGACCGUGAUCCUGGUGAAGACCAUGAUCCGCAAGCGCUCCUUUGGGAACCCAUUUGAGGGCAGCAAGCGGGAGGAGCGCUCGCUGUCGGCGCCUGGGAACCUGAUCACCAAAAAGCCACCCAGGGAGUGUGAGCCCCUGUCUGAGUCCAAGGAAGCAAGGCAGCGACGACAACAGCCUUCAGGGCACCGACCUGCCCCCCGGAUUGUGAAGGUGCCCGGGCCCCGUGUGGGGAGCUGGGAGGCUUCGGCCCCCAACUGCCCUGCUCACAUGCACCCGUUGUGGCCCGAGGAGGCAAUGGAGCCCCAGUAGUUGCCCCCGAAUCACUCGACCUCGCAUGUGUGGCCACGAUGCCCUGCACGUCCAGAGUAGCAUGCCCUCCGGACCCAGGGCACAUGUCCAUGACUGUCAUCUCUGGUUCCCCAUUCUUUUCUUUGUUGUUUUAAAAGAGGACAAAAAAAAAAAAAAGGUGGGGUGGGGUGGGGGUGGGGGACUGGGCUCCAAGAUGUCUGCCUUGGCUGCUGGCUGGCUGGAUGGGCAGGUGGAAGGAGUCGCAGCUCCCAGCCCAUGGGCCUAUGGGAGUGUAUGCUUUCUUAAGUGUUUUUAUGCCAAAACCCCUUGUGCCGUGAGUUGAGAACCAUGUCUGGAUCAGAUGGUGUGGUGGGUGGCAGGUGACUUCAUGAACGGAGAUCGUGGUUGGUUCCGCAUGCCUUCCAGACAGACCCCAACCCUGAGGCAGAGGGCUCCAGGAGGCAGUGAGGUUGGCCCUCCAUAGCUGCAGGGAGGCUGGCUGCCACUAAUUUGCAAGGACUUGGCCAGUUUUUUAUGGGUAGGAUCAUGGUUGGGAACACAGGAAAGGUUUGAAGUUUAGUUUUUUCUUGAAGUGGGUUUGCCGAAGGGCCUGGAAGAUGCAUUUAUUUGUGAAAGGCAGUCCGCAUAGGCUCACGGGGGGUUGACUGGGCUCCAGUUACAUCAUUUUUUGUUCAAUCACAAAGACUUCAGGGUGAAGCCCCUACACCUCCAUGUACAUUACAUGGCUUACCGUGACAUGGACAACAAGAUCCUGUCCAUCUCCUACACAGGCUGAAGGCCAGGGCCCUCCCAGAACACGGGUGGUGGCUUCUGCGUGAUCACACACCUGGCCGGGGAUCCCAGGCCUGCAUAGCAGCAGCUUAGCUUGGCCAGGCCCUGUGCAUUCUCGAGGCUGCUCCAGGACGUGGCUCAGGCAGUUCCCUUUGUAGCCAAAAAUGUGCGAAGGAAGGACUGGCCUUUUCGACCUCUGGCCAGUGUCUGGGGAGUUAGUUGGAGGAUCAGGUGUAACACCUUCCAGACGCCUUGCUGGUGAGUGUCAGACCCAAGGGGGAGGGAGGAGGACCUGGUUUUCCUGUACUGGUUUCAGCAUGUGAUGCAGUGUCGCUGCCUGGGCUCAACAGAUCCUGAUUACUUGUAGCUGGGGACUGAAGCUUGGGACCCCUCCCCAGCCCAUUGCAGAAUCCCAGGUGCUCAUGGCUUGCCUAGUUUUUUCUUUUUUUCCCUUUGGGAUGUGGAGGAGUAAGUUCUUGCCUGUAGUUUAGCCAGAUUUCUUUUUGCUGUUGCACAGGCAGACAGGAAUGGAGUGCUGAAUCUGGAGAGCGAGGGGCACACCACCGGGCAGACUGGCAGGGGCAGCUGACUGUCUACUGUCUCUUGUUGCCCUGCGCCCUGCAGAUGCGUGGGGAGCUCACUCCUCCCGCAGCCGGUGAGGUCUGGGUGAUUUGCAAUAAGCACUGCGUGGAGUUUGCAGCCAGACACUCGGGAACUCUGUCUGUGCAGGCCGGAGAGCCCCUUGCAUUUGCAGCACGGCCAUAGCACAGGCACUGCCACCUCCCCCUCCACAGUGGCUUCCAUUAGAGGUUUCCCUCAUGGGGAGCCAGCAGUCAGGCGGCUGGAUUGAGGGAGGUGCGUGUUGAUGGCUUGUCUUCACCAGUGCCAAAGGAAGCUGCGGGAAGGAGGGAGAGCCGUGGCUCCCACCGUCAGAGCACAAGCACAGACCGGCUACAGUCAGGCCCGGGAGGAAAGGGGAGAAGCCGGUGGGAGCUUGCCUCAGGACCCACUGGGCAUCAGCGGCCUCCGAGGGUGCGCAGACCCUGCACCCACCUUGCUUUUCCUCUGCUCCUUUCCUCUCCCCCUCCCCGUCCGUCCUGCAGGUUGCCAGGGGCUUCCAGAAAGCCCUGUGGAGCCCCUUCCUGGUCCUUAGGGUGACUGAGGCUGUCUGCCGCUGUGGACCUGGCCUUGACCUUGCAGCCGGGCUCAGUUCCAGGAGCAGAGCACCUGGGCAUUCAGUCGUGUGGGCUAGGCCUGUCCUCCCACCUUCCCAGGGGGCCUUCAUAGAAACCCCGACCUCUGCUGCCUUCCAGGGUGCUAGGGGAGGCUGGGAGGUCGUUGAUUCCCCGUCCCCUUGCGCUGCAGAGCCGGCGGGUCGUGGGGCUGCUCACUCCCCGUGUGUGGUUCGUGCGACGCCCCCUGCUUCUGUUCUGUGGCCGACCCUUUCUACUAUGCAUUUUCCUUUGAUCAGGUGUAAAAAGUUAAAUACUGUGUAUUUAUCACUUAAAAGUACAUGAACUUAAACGUAAGCCUUUGGUGUUUUUCCACAGACGUUUCAGCUUCUCUGUAAACUUGAAAUAAACAGAUGGCAAAACUCCGCGAA